AUAGAGGGUUAGAAGAAAUGUUUGAUAUUGCCUAUUUCAGUCAUUGAAUUUUGCACAUAUGCAAUCCUAGAGAAACAAACUUUGCGCAAACAGCCGGUGAAGGGCCAAGUUAUUAUUAGUUUUCCUGCUGCUUGCCCCUGAUAUGUUAACCCGUUGUGUGCUAUCUGUUCUAACUGCCUGCGGACUCAUCCUGGUUCUGCUCCCGGGUGUGUCGGAGUGCCUGCCUGCGGAGGAGGCUCCGGGAGCGGAGAGGAAGUGGAUCCCAUCAGCCAACACGGAGCCGCGGAGAAAAGGGAAAGCUGCAGGAACGGAACAUGGCCACGGGCCAGAAAGAGGAAGGUGAAGCCUGUGUGGUCACGAAGGAAAUUGCGAAUUGUGUGCGUUUAUGAAAGAACAGAGAAUCGGGCUUUCUAAACACAAACACACACAGAGAGACGGAGAGAAUCUACGGAGCAGCUUGGACGCUCGGAAGACGCGUUGAAGCGAAUUUGUCCACCAGUGAGGGAUUCAUUUCACUCAGCAGCAGAGGUCCCGGACAGUAUGUGGCUGCUGGCCCUUCAGCUGAUCUGCGCUGCCUUCUAUCUACAGCCAGCAGCAUGUCACCCAUCAUUCCAGUUGAGGGGACAGAAAGCAUACUGCGCCGACCAGAACCUCACCUGGGUCCCUGUUCUGCCCCCCAACAUCACCCAUUUAUAUUUGGAUAGAAACUUCAUCCAUGAGAUCAACAGGACUUCUCUCAGAGACUUCGAGGAACUCCAGAAAUUAGACCUGGGAAGCCAGAAAGUAGUCCUCACCAUCAGGAACGACUCUUUCCUCAGGCAGAGAAAGUUGACCACACUGGUUCUCGGCGGCAAUGUCGGCCUUAAGCUGGAGCCGCGGGCGUUCGCCGGGCUGGUCAGGUUGGGAGACCUCUGGCUGGAUCACUGCUCUUUGACCGACUCCAUACUGGCAGAAAACUACCUGGAGCCACUUCUGUCGUUGGAAAGGCUCAACCUCUACGGGAACAACAUAGUGAGACUCAAUCCGGGUCAGUUCUUUUGGAAUCUCACAAAGUUCUCACAGUUAAUUCUUGAGCUGAAUCACCUUGAGAAAAUAUGUGAGAAAGACUUAGUUGGCUUCCAGGGGAAAUCUUUUCACCUCCUGGACUUGCGGUCGAACAGCUUCUUCAGAUCUGACGUUGACUGGAAGGACUGCGGAAACCCUUUCAAAGGAAUAGCCUUCAACACCCUUGAUAUCUCAGGAAGUGGAAUGAAUUUGGAGACAUUAAAAUUGUUUUUCAGAGCAAUCAGAGGGACUCCAAUUGCUCAUCUUAAAUGUUCUGGAAGUCUUGGGAAAGACUUUUCCUAUAACAACAUGCCUGAUCCAGACAAAGACACUUUUCAAGGCCUCGAGGCGAGUUCAGUUGUUCAUUUAGAUUUAUCAGGAAACAGGAUUUUUGCUUUAAAGACUGGAGUUUUCAGGGCUCUGAAAGACGCAGAGAGGAUUGAUGUCUCCCGGAAUAAGAUAAACUUUAUAGAGACAAACGCCUUCAAUGGUCUGCAGAAUCUGCUACAACUCAACCUGUCAUCCAAUCUGUUAGGAGAGAUCCGCUCCAACACCUUCAGCAAUCUGAUUAACCUUCUCAUUUUGGACUUGUCUAACAACCACAUUGGUGUUCUUGGAGACCAGGCCUUCAGUGGUCUUCCCCAGUUACAUCAUUUAUAUCUGACAGGAAACUCUCUGCGACAGCUGGCAUCUCCUGCGCCGCUACCGAAUUUAGAGUUCCUCCUCCUAAAAGACAAUAAGUUGCAUUCCAUUAGCAGCAUCAUUAGCUUGUGGAACAGCAGUGUCUAUUUAGAUAUUUCAGAAAACAGAUUCACAAACCUGGAGGACCUUUAUGUCGUUUUAACUCAUUUCAAGCGUCUGCUGUACUUUUUUUACGGGGGCAACACCAUUUUGUGGUGCACUAUAAAUCCAGGGGUCUCCAUGCCUCCUGGUAAUAGUUUGGCUGUGUUGGACCUUCAUGGCAAUUCCCUCCAGAUCUCUUGGGCACAGGGGCAUUGCCUGGACAUAUUUGAUAAUUUGCAGAAUCUGAUUGGUUUAAAUAUCAGCCUCAAUUCCCUGAUGACCCUUCCUCAUGGGAUAUUCAGUGGUCUCACCUCGAUUAGAAAUAUCGACCUUUCGUCCAAUGCCCUGACCUAUCUGGAGGCCAGUGUUUUCCCAGCCAGCCUAAAAUCGCUCGACCUCUCAAACAACUUCCUAGUCUCUCCCGAUCCAAUAACUUUCCACUCACUCAGCACCCUCAACCUCUUGGGAAAUCGGUUCCAGUGUGAUUGCGCUCUGGAGGGCUUCCUGAAGUGGAUGAACACAACCAAUGUGACUUUCCUGAGCCCGGCUCAGGAAUACAGAUGCGAGUUCCCAGUUUCUGUCCACAAUCUUCCCCUAGUGGAGUUUCCCAACAUCAUGGAGUCAUGUGAAGAUGAGGAAGAAGACGUUCAGGCUUUUCAGUUGGCUCUUUUCAUCUGCUCCGCCAUUCUCGUCUUCAGCCUUGUACUCGGCGGGAUUAUUUACGCCCGCCUACGAGGGCAAAUAUUCAUCAUCUACAAAAAGAUCGUCAACAGGGUUCUUGAGGGCCCCAAACCGCCUGCCCAAGAGAACAACUGGCAAUACGAUGCCUUCCUGUGCUUCACCAACAGCGACUACAGGUGGGUGGAGGCCGCCUUGCUGAAGAAGCUAGACAACCAGUUUGCAGAAGAGAACUUGUUCCACUGUUGCUUCGAAGCUAGAGACUUUCUACCUGGGGAGGAUCAUCUGUCAAACAUCAGGGAUGCUAUUUGGGGAAGCAGGAAGACCUUGUGCAUCGUCUCCAAGGAGUUUCUCAAAGAUGGCUGGUGUUUGGAGGCGUUCACUUUAGCCCAGGGCCGCAUGUUAGAGGAGCUGACCAACGUUCUGGUUAUGCUGGUGGUAGGGAAGGUUGCUCACUACCAGCUGAUGAAGUGCAAUGCAGUCAGAGCUUUUGUCCAGAGGAGAGAGUACCUCACCUGGCCUGAGGACCCUCAGGACCUGGAGUGGUUCUAUGAGCGGCUUGUCUCGCUGAUCCUCAGAGACACCAAGGUGAAGAAGUUUGUUGAGGACAAGCCUGAGUUUGUGAAGCCAGAUUGUCAACCUCCUGCUAAAGACAAGAUUCCACUUGAGAACAUCGGAGUCGUUGCCAACUCUUAACAGGGAAGUCCAUUAAUGUGAAGGUAAGUUCUUUACAUUUAAGAAGACCUCAGUCUUUGUCAAACUUAAACAGCCUUAAAUGAAAUACCCAUGCCUUCAAACAAGUCUUUAAAACUGACUUUAGUUUCGUUUGCCUUUCUUCCUACAGGAAGAAGGCCUUUAUGAGCCAACGAAGGCAGACUCUACUCACUCUGCACAAGUUAUAGUUACCAGUCCAUAAUCGGGGACAUUGAGUGUAAUACUGUGAACAAUGUGGUGCAGGUUUCUUGUUGAGUGCUGCCUACACUAGUUUUUAGUCAAAACGUUCAAUCAGAAUGUGACCUGCGGAGAGAAGACGCGUGUUCAGUGUUUAACUUGGUGGUGGAGUUGUAAGGAGUUGUCUGUAGGGCUGAUGAGGAGUUCAUUACCAGUGAUCAGUAGCAAUGUUAUACAUAUAUACAUACAUUUGUUGGAAGAUGUAGUUCUUCCUUCUUUUUGUUUUUGGUAAGUCAGCACUACUGGUACCAGUGGGAUGUAAAUGCUACUGAUUUUGGGGGGAAUUUUUGUAAAUCACUGGAGUUUGAUUUUCUGUGUUGUGUGAUGGAGCUUUCAUCAGAAUCAAAUGUUCUGUGAAUAAAUGAUAAUUUAGUUUGAUUUAACCGAAUGUUUAAAAUUGUAUUAAAUUUUUUAUUUUUUUUAGAAAACACUGAAAAAUGAAUGAAUGAAUGAAUGAAAAAAUUUGGGGCAGUGAUUACAAGCUGCUUAGCAGCUGGUGUUGCAUUCAGGCUGCAGUAAAAAAAAUGUAUGGAAAUGGAUUUUAAAUGGCAGCUGGCAAAAUAAAAUCACAUAAUAAACAUUU